CCCGAACUCGCUAUUUGGAGUGUACUUACACUCACGCUAUUCACCGGUAUCGGGGGCGCUCGUUCUCUCACCCGAUCAUUCGAGUUAAGUGAAAGGGCUUUUGCCGGGAGCAAAGCAUACAGUCAUAUAGUUAUUACCCUUUUUCCGUUAAACUACAAGUUCGUCCCUAUGGCGGAAGGUAGCAGUUCCUCGCCCUGGCUUUACAAGGCGGCGGCUAUCACAGCAGCAGCGACGCUUACAGCAGGCGCUGGCUAUGUGAUCUAUAAGUACGUCCUGGCUUCAGAGCCAGAGCAGGAAGCGGAGGAGGCUCCUAUGUCGAUGCAGGCGUUGCUGACAGGAGGAGCCACAGGCAGCGCUUCCCAGGGACCUUCGAUAGCCAUCAGGAAGACUCCUAGUCCUCCUAAGCAGCGGGCCGGACCGUCACUUCCCACCCGCAAGCCAGCUCCAAAGCCCCCUUCGACCACCAUCACUGUCAUCGAAGAUGGCCCUUCAGACUCGGGCGCCUCAACGUCCGCGGCCUCGUCCGCUGCGGCCUCAAAGCCCGCCGGCACCGGCCUCAAGUCUUGCGCCUGCUGCUCCAAGCCCCUGAAGUCCGGCAUGCUGCCGCUGCGCUGCGGCAACUGCAAGUCCGUCUACUACUGCUCCAUCUCCUGCCAGAAGAAGCACUGGCCCGAGCACAAGCCCAGCUGCACCAAGGUCGCCAGCCCGCGGCCGGACGCGCCCGCCGCGGGCGGCAGCGGCCCCUCCGGCGACAGCGGCGCCGCGGGCCCCUCGGGCGGAUCCCCCGCCGAGAAGUCCUACAAGGCCGCCGUGACGGGCGAGGAGGCCGCGCCCGCCCCGACCAGCUCUGAGGCGCCCGCUGCCUCCCCCGCUGAGGGCAGCAGCACCAGCAGCACCAGCCCCAGCGGCGACGCAGCUGCUCCUGCGGACAGCGCUGCCCCGGAGGCGCCUGCUGCCACCGAGGUUGCGGAGAAGGCAGCGGAGCAGCCCAAGGAGGAGGAUGCAGUGCCUGCUGCUGAGCCCGUGGAGGGUGCCGGGGAGGAGAAGGCAGCGGAGGCUAAGGAGGAUGCCGCUGCCGCUGCCGCCCCCGCUGAGGGUGCAGCUGCUGCUGCUGCCGCAGAGGAGGGCAGCAGCAGCAGUGGUGCGCCGGGCGCUGCCCACGGCGGGCUGCAGGGCGCGCUGGUGGAGGUGCUGCGGCAGGCGGCGGAGCGGGGCGCGGGCACGCUGGACGGGCGGUUUGAGGAGGCGGUGAUGUACUUCCUGGGAGGCAAGCUCCCCACCGCGCUGGCCGCCUUCCAGGCGCUGCAGACAGCCGCCCGGCAGCAGUCUCGGUCCGACCUGGUGAUGGAGCUGCACAAGUGGCUGGGGCACACGCACACCAAGCUGGGCAACUUCACGGCGGCUGCGGACUCGUUCCGCGCGGGCAUCGAGGCGGCGCAGGCGGAGGACAACGCGGCUGCGCAGGUGGACAACGCGGUGGGGCUGGGCAACCUGUGGAAGUCGGUGGGCAAGCUGAGCGAGGCCACCGAGGUGCUCAAGGAGGCGCUCAUCGUGGCGCAGAAGGCGGACAGCGCCGGCAUGCAGUCCGAGGUGCUGGUGGCGCUGGGCAACGCGGUGAUGUCGGCCGAGCCCGAGGAGGGGCUCACCUGCCUGCAGAUCGCAGUAAAGCUGCGGGAGGACGAGGUCGCCAAGGCCGCCGAGACGGGCGACCGCGCCGCCAUGGCCACCGGUAUGAUGCAGGCGGCCGCUGCCAUGGUGAACAUGGCCGCCGCGCUGUUCGCCACACACAGGUUCCAACAGGCCAAGCAGGCGUACGAACAGGCCAUGGAGAUCUUCGAGCUGAUGGAGGACCACGACAAGGUCAUCCAGGUGCUCAUCAACCUGGCCAACCUGGCGGAGCUGCAGCUGGACAUGCCGCAGGAGGCGCUGAGGUACAGGCAAGCCCUGGCCACUGCGCUGGAGGAGGCGGGCCACUCGGGUAUCGCCGGCGGCGCCGAAACCGCUCCCUGCGGCGUGUGCAACCAGCCCAUCCACAUCACCCAGGCCCGCACCCGCGGCGACGCCGACAGCGCCGCCAAGGGUCCCAUGGUGAUCCUGGGCUGCCUGCAUGUGCAGCACGACAACUGCUUCAAGGAGUACUGCGACAGGGCGCGGGAGAGCGUGGCGGCGGCGGCGGCGGGCCUGGCCGCGGCCACCCAGGGCGGCGAGGAGGCGGCGGCGGUGGCGGCGGCGGCGGCGUCUCCGGGCGUGAAGCGCACCACCACGUGCCCCACCUGCAAGGCGCCUGUGCCGGUGAUGACGUAAGGGAGGAGGGCAGCGGGAGGCCGGUCGUGACGUAAGGGAGGAGGGCAGCGGGAGGCCGGUCGUGACGUAAGGGAGGAGGGCAGCGGUGGUGUGGUAGGGGAGGAGUGGUGGGGCACUUGCCCCAGCGGUUGUGUAAGAGGGGAGGAGAGGAGGAGGAGGAGGAGGAAGGGAUGGAGGUGAUAACGUGGGUGGUUGUUGGAUACGGUGGUGUUGGUUGGGGAGGUGUGUUGGUUGAAGGUGGAAUCAAGGCGGCAUGCGGUGGACUGGGGCUUAUGAAUCGUGUUAUGGAGCAUGCCGAAUUGACAAUGGCGGGUGCCGGGGUGUUGGUUGACGGACGGCAUCUGAAGAUUGUUGUUGUUGGGAUUGUUGAAUAAUCCAACCAAAAUUUAGGCCGUCGGUGCGGGUUUAAGAACACCGGCGAGGGGUGUGAGGGUUUGGGGGUCAUGAGAGCAAGGGAGCAACAUUGGGGCAUAGCAGCGGCCACAUCAAAAGCAAGACAUGGCGAUGCAAGGUGAAAGGCAGCAGGUAUGGGCAGUUACGGAGCAUGUACACGUUUUGCCAUUAAGUGGUUCGCCUUAUUCUGUGCUCAGCAAUGGUUGCGAGGUUGGCAAAGAACUGUGGCCUUCAAGCCAUGGGUUUAUUUGCCAUGCGUUUACUUGCAGGUGUGUCCCCUCUCAUGUCAUCCGUAGUAAAACUGUAAAGGUGCAGAAAGGGCUUCGGCAAGGGUGGUGUUCUGCAUAGCUCUCAGUUUUCCAAGCAACCCGCCACCCCCUUCAGUAUCUUCUUGCAAACACUUGGGGGUUUCCAUUCGGGCCAAAUUGCACGCGGCACUUCACGUAAGGAUUCUCCUUCGGCUCAGUAAUGGCUGACUAAUGGUUAGUCCUCUCCAGAGUACGGCAUUUGUAACUACGAGACAUGUG